UCUCUUCUCUCCGAACUCAAUUCACAAAUCUGCAAGUUUGGGUGAACAACGAGACCGUUGAGUUGAGUUUGAGUCCCUUCGCAUUCAAUUAUUCAUUCACAGUUUUUCAUCUUCCGAAACCUAAAAUGCCAAAGCGUGGUAGAACCAAGAAAACCGCGAAAGCAACCGAAUCAGUAACCGAACCUCAAUCUCAAACGCAGGCACCACAAUUCAUCGACCUCGAAAUCCAAGCGAUGCAGCGACAAAUCGACGCGAUCAGGGCGGUUCGCGACGUCGAGAUCGAGCACCUGCUCACGGAGCUGCGGUUCCUGCGCUCGCGGUUCGACGGCGAGGAGCUCCGGAAGCCCGUGCUGCAUGUUUUCGAAGAAACCCUACCGAAUCUCGCCGUCGUCGUGAACGGCGAGUGCAACAAGAAUCUGGAAGUGAAAUGGAGAGAGACGGAAGGGUGUAACGAUGGUGUGAAUUUGCACGCUUCUUUGCUCCAAAGGCUGUCCAUCGCUUCCAUCCCUCGCUUCCCUGGGUUUGAAUAUUCUACCAAUGAAGGGAGAAUGAGCUUUAUUGGUGCUGAUGACCUGCAUUUCAAGGACAUUGCUUUGGAGGAACCAUCUGACACUCAGACUCUAGCAGUGCAAGAAGGUCUUCAGACUCCCGGUGUGACUAGUCAGAGGUUGUCAGUUGGGAUGACACCCAAAACACUUAGGCUGCCCAAACCUGGCGAGAUGCUUCUCUCUGUGCAUGGAUCACCUCUAGGUGUUUACAAGGAUAAUAACAUGGAAGCCAUACAUGAGUCAGAGGAGGGUUGAAGCCAUCUAAAUCCACUGUCCUCCAAGAAGCUCUACAAAUCUUUAUGUGCGCACCGAGCAAUACCAUUUGUCAUCACUCUAGAUGAGGGUUACUUGAAAAUUAAUGGCCCCUUGUUAUUCUUCAUUUUUCACUUAGCAUUGAAGACUUUCAGAUUUUCCCAUGACAGCCAAUUAGAUGAUAUUGGCCUUCAUACUUCUGCAAAAUUUUGGAAUGGAUGAUGCUGAAAGAAUUCUACAGAUUUGUGUGACUACUGUAGUACUUUGUAAAUUUUUUUCUAAUUGUAUGGUUAAUUUGCAUUACCAGAAUGAUAAGGUUCUAAAAACUCUUUUGCACUGUAAUUUUAUAAUCAAGCAAUAAGAUUUUUUGAGAUUAUCCUUUUACCAGCAAAAAA